UCCGUCACUGCCAUCAACACGAAUGCUGACGAGGCUCGGGAACGUGCAUUAUAAAUGCUUAUUAACCGAUCGACUAUAAUGAAAUCAAACAUCAAAACUUCCAUUCUAAGAAUUUCCCCCUUGUUAUCUUUUAGAUAAACAUUUCGCUAAAUGAAUAUGGAAAUCCGUAUGGCAAGUUAAAUGGUUUAUCGCUUGGGAAUUAUUGAAUUUGAAGCGGUCAGAUUGCUUAUUGAAGUGAGCGAAUGUGUUGUUUUAUGCUGGUUCCGUGUCCGCAUGGUGUGGAGGUCGCAGUGUUGCAUGGCGGUCUAGGUGGGUGCCAGGAUCUUUGGGAAUUUUGGAUCUGAAUUGAUGGAGAUGGAUGAUCUGGAUCAUGUGACUGAUUCUGUGGCCAUUAAGAAUGAUUUACACACCCGAGAACUAGAAGAGUCGAUUCAAGUGAACCCUCAUGGUUUUACUGCUGAAACAGCAGGACAAAAAGUUAUUGGCCUUCUUCUUCAUACCACUGAGGGUGACAGUGAUGGGGCAAUGAGCCAAGCCCACCCUGUGACUGUUGUAACAGCAAACACUGACCAUGCAGUACAAGCAGUUACACUUGCUGAUGGUACUACGGCUUAUUUACAUCCUACAAAAGAUGCCAAAUUUUUUGAUGGCACGACAGUAACGACUGGUACAAAUCCAAAAUUUGUACAUUUGAGCCUGGCAUUAUUUGGACUUGGAGUGCAGGGAUCUGGAACAAAUACCACAAUUACAGAAGCUGAGGCUACAGCGACCACAACGACGACCACCAAAUUUGUUGAUGGCCAACCUGUACAGUUGGAAGAUGGCAGUACUGCUUACCUUCAUCACCAUCACAAAGAGGGUCUUCAAGCAGUGCAGUUAGAAGAUGGAACUACAGCUUACAUUGCUCACACUGCACCUCAGGCAUUGUUCAGUGACACUGCAAAUCUGGAUGAUGGUGAAGGACUCAAUUUGGACCAUCUUAAUUCACAUCUUACAGAUGAAAAUUCUCUGAAUGAGGAUGACAUUGAUGUGAAACCUACUGCUAUUGCAGUAAUUACAAACUCCAGCCCAUUGACUACAGCAGACAAAGGACUUGCAAUUCCUGGAGAACGAUCCUAUCGAUGCGUAUUUGAAGGCUGUGAGCGUUUAUAUACAACACAGCACCAUCUAAAGGUUCAUGAGCGAUCGCAUACAGGAGAUCGUCCUUUCAAAUGCAAAUUUCCUGGUUGCAGAAAGGCAUUUGCCACUGGGUAUGGCCUAAAGAGUCAUACCAGGGUCCAUACUGGCGAGAAACCUUACAAGUGCCCUGAAGAAAACUGUGAUAAAGCAUUUAAGACAUCUGGGGAUUUACAAAAACAUGUUCGAACUCACACAGGUGAAAGACCGUUUAAAUGUCCCUUUGUGGGUUGUGAAAGAUCGUUUACCACAUCCAAUAUUCGUAAAGUUCACAUCCGAACGCACACAGGAGAGAGGCCUUACACCUGUCAGGAAGAUGGCUGUGGACGAGCUUUUGCUUCAGCGACUAACUAUAAAAACCAUGUCCGAAUACAUACAGGGGAAAAACCUUAUGUCUGCACUGUGCAAGAUUGUGGCAAGCGGUUUACAGAAUAUUCCAGCUUAUAUAAACAUCAUGUUGUUCACACUCAUUCCAAGCCUUACGUGUGCAACCACUGUGGUAAGACCUAUCGGCAAACCUCCACAUUGGCAAUGCACAAACGAACGGCCCAUGGCGAAGAAGUAACUGCUGAAAGUGAAGCAGCUCAACUUUUGAGUGGUGAACAGCCUCCAGAUAUUGAUGAUGGAGGUGAGAGUCUUGAAAAGAAACCUCGUCUGCACUACAGUUUAAGUGCUGCUGAUGGAAGCGGUUUGCCCGAAGACAGUGAAGGUACACUAGUUAUCAAUACUUCAGAAGGACAAGUGUGCUACACAUCUGAAGGCCAACAGAUAACGAUGAUGGCGGAUAAUGAACGUGUAAGUGUGGUGGCAGAAGACAACACAAUGGUUGCACUGCAGGCAAUUCCACAUCAAACACAAGCUGCUCUCCAACAGCAUGGAAUGGCUCGCAUCAGUAUUGGAGGUGAUCCUAACCAACAAGUGUUUGUUGUAGCAGAUCCUUCUCAAUUUCAUGCAUUUCAGCAACUUGCUGAGCAACAGCAGCACUUUGAUGUCACUGAAGGUUUAGAAGCAGCCACAAACUCAACAGACGGCAGCAACUCAACAAGCGUGGCACCCAGUAACUGUAUUGUAUCCGGUACCAAUUCCGACACAACAGCCAUAUUGACAUUUCACACGGAAUGAAAUUCAGAGAAAAGACAAAGAAAAAGGUGAAAGCUAUUUUAAUUUAAACCAACAAAACUCCUCCACCCUUGCACUGUUUUACUGUUUGAAAGGGAAGAAGAUAUUUACGGAAAGGUCAGAGCAGACAGGACAAAAACUCAACACAACAACAAUGGACACACAUUUGUUGAACUGCUAAAUUUUGUUUAUCACAGUUUCUUCUUUAAAUUUACCAUCUUCAUUCUGUGUCUCUUUUUUAACGAAGACGGUUAAUGCAAAAUACACAGAAUCUGAAAUCAAUACUUUUUAAUUUGAUUGAUUAAUUUGAUAUAUUGAUUGAGCAGAAAAGGAAUGACAGUAUUAAUAUAAGUUGAUAUAUAUAU